AUGAAUCCUGGUCCACCUAAUUACCCUAUGGCAUCUUUGUAUGUCGGGGAUUUACACUCCGAUAUUACUGAGGCCAUGUUGUUCGAGAAAUUUUCAACCGCUGGUCCGGUCCUUUCAAUACGCGUUUGUCGCGACAUGAUAACUCGUAGAUCCCUCGGCUAUGCGUAUGUGAACUUUCAGCAGCCUGCAGAUGCUGAAAGAGCUUUGGACACUAUGAAUUUUGAUAUGAUCAAAGGAAGACCUAUUAGAAUCAUGUGGUCCCAACGAGACCCGUCUCUUCGCAAAUCAGGCGUUGGGAAUGUUUUUAUUAAGAAUCUUGACAAAACCAUUGACAACAAGGCUAUGUAUGACACCUUUUCUGCCUUUGGUAAUAUUUUAAGCUGUAAAGUUGCUCAAGAUGAAACUGGAGCCUCUAAAGGAUAUGGCUUCGUUCAUUUUGAAACCGAAGAAGCAGCUAACAAAUCCAUCGAAAAAGUUAAUGGAAUGCUUUUAAAUGGCAAGAAAGUUUACGUUGGUAGAUUUAUCCCACGUAAAGAACGUGAAAAGGAACUUGGCGAAAAAGCUAAAUUAUUCACCAAUGUCUACGUCAAAAACUUUGGAGAAGAUUUUAGUGAUGAAAUGCUUAAAGAUAUGUUUGAAAAAUACGGCCGUAUUACGAGCCAUAAAGUUAUGUAUAAGGACGAUGGAUCAUCAAGAGGUUUUGGGUUUGUGGCCUUUGAAGAUCCAGAUGCUGCCGAAAGGGCCUGCAUGGAGUUAAACGGUAAAGAACUUGUGGAGGGAAAACCUCUUUAUGUUGGUCGUGCUCAAAAGAAAGCCGAGCGUCAAAAAGAGCUUAAGCGGAAGUUCGAGCAGUUGAAAUCUGAACGACUGACACGCUAUCAAGGUGUAAACUUGUAUGUCAAAAAUCUCGAUGAUACUAUUGAUGAUGAACGUCUCCGCAAAGAAUUCACUCCUUUCGGUACAAUUACUUCAGCUAAGGUGAUGUUGGAGGAUGGCCGAAGCAAAGGUUUCGGGUUUGUAUGUUUUUCUUCUCCAGAAGAAGCUACCAAAGCUGUAACAGAAAUGAAUGGUCGUAUUGUUGGAACCAAACCUCUGUAUGUAGCUUUGGCUCAACGUAAAGAAGAUCGGAAGGCUCAUUUGACUUCGCAAUACAUGCAAAGAAUGGCGAGCAUGCGCAUGCAGCAGAUGGGUCAAAUAUUCCAGCCAGGUGGCGCUGGUGGUUAUUUUGUCCCUACUAUUCCACCCGCGCAAAGGUUCUACGGACCAGCGCAAAUGACCCAGAUUAGACCAUCGCCACGUUGGACUGCACAACCGCCAGUUCGUCCCAGCACCCAGACAGCUGCUUCGGGUUAUCCUAACAUGCAGGCACCUUUCCGUCCGACACCUAGAGCUCCUACUCAAGCUGCUCUGCGAUCGUCUUUGGGAGCAAGAGCUAUAACAGGUCAGCAAGGCGUCGCUACCGCAGCCUCCAUUCGGGCACCUCUGGUCACCCAGAGUGGCAGGCCUGCCGGUUACAAGUACACAGCUAACAUGCGUAAUCCACCAGCUCCACAACCAGCAGUUCACAUCCAAGGCCAAGAACCGUUAACAUCAACCAUGUUAGCAGCCGCUCCCCUUCAAGAACAAAAACAAAUGCUUGGAGAGCGUUUGUUCCCCUUGAUUCAACGAAUGCAUCCUGAUUUAGCUGGAAAAAUUACAGGAAUGCUUCUAGAAAUUGACAAUUCUGAACUUCUUCAUAUGUUGGAACAUGGAGAAUCACUCAAAGCUAAAGUAGAUGAAGCUGUUGCUGUAUUACAAGCUCACCAGGCUAAACAGCAAGCUACGAAAAAGGAGUAA